AGGUGGUGCAGGGAGACCGUCCCGGGAAGAACAAAGGGCGGUUGGGGGCGGGGUUAUUUCGGGCAGUCAGGUGGGCGACCCGCAGAGGCGUCUGGAAGGCCCGCGUCGUUAGGGAGCGUAAGAGCGGCCUUUCUGGUUACCAGGUCGGACAAAGGGCAAAGGUCGGCCUCCGGGUUGGAGAGCACCACCUUUGGGCAAUGGCCGCAUCUGGGGAACCCGGCCGGCAGUGGCAGGAGGAGGUGGCCGCGGUGGUAGUGGUGGGCUCCUGCAUGACCGACCUGGUCAGUCUUACUUCUCGUUUGCCAAAAACCGGAGAAACCAUCCAUGGACAUAAGUUUUUUAUUGGCUUUGGAGGGAAAGGUGCCAACCAGUGUGUCCAAGCUGCCAGGCUUGGAGCAAAGACAUCCAUGGUAUGCAAGGUUGGCAAAGAUUCUUUUGGCAAUGAUUAUAUAGAAAACUUAAAACAGAACGAUAUUUCUACAGAAUUUACAUAUCAGACUCAAGAUGCUGCUACAGGAACUGCUUCUAUAAUUGUCAAUAACGAAGGCCAGAAUAUCAUCGUUAUAGUGGCUGGAGCAAAUUUACUUUUGAAUACUGAAGACCUGAGGGAAGCAGCCAGGACCAUUAGCAGAGCCAAAGUCAUGCUCUGCCAGUUAGAAAUAACUCCAGAAGCAUCUUUGGAAGCCCUGACGAUGGCCCACAGCAAUGGAGUGAAGACAUUGUUCAAUCCAGCUCCUGCAGUUGCUGGCCUGGACCCUCGCUUCUACACCCUCUCAGAUGUGUUCUGCUGCAAUGAAACCGAGGCUGAGAUCCUAACUGGCCUGGCGGUCGGCAGCCCUGCAGACGCCGGGCAGGCUGCGCUCGUGCUCAUGGAAAGGGGCUGCCACGUGGUCAUUGUCACCUUAGGUGCUGAAGGAUGUGUGAUGCUGUCACAGACAGAACCCGUGCCAAAGCACAUUCCCACCGAGAAAGUCAAGGCUGUGGAUACCACGGGCGCUGGUGACAGUUUUGUGGGGGCUUUGGCCUUCUACCUGGCUUACUACCCAAAUCUGUCCUUGGAAGAAAUGCUCAAGAGAUCCAAUUUCAUCGCAGCAGUCAGUGUCCAGGCUGCAGGAACACAGUCAUCGUAUCCAUACAAAAAAGACCUGCCACUUGAUCUGUUUUGAUUGCUACUAACCCUAAAAUAAAUGUACCUGGAAAUAAAAUGUACUGGGGGGAGGGAGGUGACCUGUCUUAGCUAGCAGCUUACUAUAAAAUAUCCUCUUCUCCUUUCUUCGCAAAUAUGUUCACUUAUGAAGUCAUCCUCAGGCUUUCAUUUACUGUUUUAUAAUGGUGGUUUCUUCGCUUUUCCAUGUAUUUGCAAGAGCCAACCAAAAUUAAGGAUUCCACGACCAGGACCUGUACAAACAUUACCACGAUCAGGAACCAGAAAACUCACUUGCCAAGAGAUCGUGAACUCUGUAUGUCCACCAUAGAGCAGGGCUUGUGGACAACAAUGUCUAGAGUCCGAGCGGAGAAUGUUAAGGGACGGGAGCACAUGACUGUUCAAGCAGUUCCUAAGAGAGACAGUUGAUAUUCGGUGUGUGUCAAAGCCUCUGUUUUGCAAGAAAAGCCAGAAGUUUGGAUGUUUAUUGAAAUUUUUUCAAUGGUUAAAUAUCAGCAAUUGAUUUUUUUUUAAUGUAAACACCACCUGUGGGCCACACUCAGCUCAUGUGCUGAAUAGACAAGUCAUUUGUUAAGCCAGAUUUUUUGUUGUUGUUGUGCUUUUUUUAAUGGCGAUUCAUGUAUGUCACAGACCCUUUAUAGCAGGCUUGGCUAUAGGUGAAGGAUUCUCCUUGUGACCCAAAAUCACUAUGUAUAGUUUCAACCGAAAAAUAGCCAAGAUCUCAUGUUACUGCUUUGAACCAGAGCUCUAACAAAAGAGGCCAGAAAAUAGCUGAUUGACUCGAAUGCCCCAAGCCCCCGAGACUCAGCAAGUGUCUACAUCUGAUUCCAGUUUCAGAAAGCUACUCUUGCAUAUCCUCCAUAGACAGACUGGGCCACGGAGAGGAAACACCUGUUACUUUGGAAUGUUGGUUUUGUCCUGCUUGAGCCCCUGGUAGGCAUGCCAUCACUCUUCUACGUAAAUGCUUUAAAUGGUGUUGGAUAUGAAGCAGCAGAACCCAGAAUAAAAGCUGAUCCUUCUUACAUUCAUUAAUGUGCUAAGGACAAAACGGAGUAUUUCUGAAAAUCUGUAGGAAACAAUAGCUUGAGUGAGAAAAUAUGCGGAUCUGGGUAGGGCAGUCUUACCUUACCUGAACAUUAGGGAUUAUCAGUAGAAUUUCCAAGUUGGUUGGCUGUGUGGUACCAUGCCCCAGAACCCCUAGCCAUGGUUCUAUGGAAAUACACUGUAGCUCUUCUUUAAAAAAAAAAAAAAAAAAGAA